AUGGACAAGUUCAAGAGUGUGGCCAAGGGUGGCUGGCACCCAGAGAAGGAACGCACCAACAGCGGAAGCAGUGCAGGGGGGCAAAGCGAUUCCAAGAUUGGACAGGUGAAAGGCUGGGUUGGCAAGGCCCAGGGCAAGGAUCUCCACGCUGAAGCUGCCCGUGAACAUCAAUCUACGCCUCUAUCGUCGUUGAAAGACCCAGCCUCGUUUGCUCCACCGCCAAAGCGCCUUGACUACAAUGCAGGCUCUUCAGCAGCAGCAGGCGCCCGCUCGCCCACUGGACUGGCAUCUGCUCCCGCUGCAGGGGCCAAACAGAGACUACAGGAGAGGGAAGAGGCGCGGCGACAAGCAGAAGAAGAAGCCAACAAGCCGGCUCCAGGACCAUAUAGAUCCAACACGACCGGAUUGAGCACUGCCCAUCUACCCAAACCUCCAGCCUUCCGACCAGGUGCUGCUUCAGCAGCGUCACCAGCACCUCCACCCAAGCCGAAGCCUAGCCUCCCUCCCCGGCUGCCUCCGCGACAGAACUCUAAUCCCGACGAGUUUACGCCACCUCCUCCACCGACAUAUAAUGAGGCCACACAGCAAGGGACACCGGCACAAGGGGUCAUGAACCAGGCUGCGUUAGGUCGUCUUGGACAGGCGGGUGUGGCAGUUACAGGCCUGGGCAUUGGUCGGACGGCAUCACCUCCAGUGCCGCCUCGGGCGAACCCGUCUCCUCCCGUACCAGCGCGUGCAAAGCCCUCACCACCAGUACCGCCUCGGCAGAACUCUGGCCUAAGCGUCAGUUCACAGGAAACACCUACCACCAAUCAAGGAUCGCAGAUGAGCGAGCUGCAAAGUAGGUUUGCAAGAUUAUCGGGACCAAAGUCACCAGCAGAACCCCCUGCGAUGGGUACAUCGUGGGCGGACAAGCAAGCCGCGCUGCGUACGGCGAGCAACUUGCGCAAUGACCCCUCCAAGGUGUCUGCCUCUGAUCUGAAAGGAGCAGCGUCGACAGCGAACAAUUUCCAGCAACGACACGGGGAGCAGGUUGCAUCUGGGUGGAAGUCUGCCAAUUCGCUCAACCAAAAGUACGGAAUCGCAGCCAAAGUUAACAAUCUUGCGUCAUCAAGCGCAUCACCACCACCGCCAGCGCCAGCAGUCCAGUCGCCGGUAGCGAGUAGCCAGGGAGGGUUGGGGAAGAAGGCCCCUCCCCCACCACCGCCAAAGAAGAAGGAUUUGAGCGGCGGCAGUGGUAGUGGCAGCUCAAAUGAGCCUCCGCCAAUCCCGCUGAGCAGCAAGCCCAAGUUUUAA